GCUUACCUUUCACAACUUCGUACACAGAACAAACGAGUAACAUUUAACAUUUUAACAAACAUUAAAAAAAAAAAAACCAAAUUUCUUCGAAUCGCCUUGAACACAAGAUGACCAAGUACUUCAACACGCACAUCCUACAAUCGCUGGUGGGCCAGCUGUCCGCCGAGCAUCGGGAUCGUUAUCUGAACCGGAGCACGGCGGGCCGCUACGUUCUGUAUGCCUCCUCCGAUCCUUGCAAGGAACUUCAUCCCCGGACCGUGAAGAGGAGUUUACGGAAUCUGUUUGCAACGAAUGCGACGCCGCAUGAAUGCGUCGUGAGAAUCCGUGAGGAAAAGUUCUUGUAUCCGAAGCUGGAUUGCCUCAAGAUGACGGCGAAGCCGUUGGGCUUGAAGAGUGCUAUCGAAAAUAUGUUGAAAUCGGAGGAAAGAUUCCUCAGGAUGGGCACAAAUUCCGAAUCCUCAACGAGUAUCAUCAAUCUGGAUGAACGGGCAAGGGGCGGCCUCAACGCCUCCUAUGAUCCCAAUAUGUUAAUUGGGGAGAGUAGUAGUAACAUAAAAGUUCUCCAUCAUAACCCCACUUUCUUUAGCCAUUCCUGCACCUUCGGGACAGAAAAUCGUCUCAGAAGUUGCAUGGAUUCUCUCCAUGCACAGAUACUUAAGAAGUUUGAGGAGAAGCAAGUGGAUGUUGAUGAGCCAAGCUCCGCGAUGAACCAGAUGUCGAUGCAGGAGGCGAGUUCCGAGGUUAGCUCAGAGGAGAACGAUAUUCCGGAACAGCUGAUCCAUCUGAUCAAUUCCUUGAAUAAUCGAUGGAAUGAGAUCCGCCGACAUGAGGAACCGAGCGAAAUCUACGUUAACGUUUUUGAAUUAUUAUGGAAUGCCUUGAGCUACUGCAUGCAAAUCGUUCGUCGAUUCUUUUUCAACAGGAGGGAGGAGCCAGGACAAGGGUCAAUUCGAUCCUAUAUGGACCGGGCACACUAUGCUUCCUUUAUUCUGGGACCAGCCACUGAUGAGUGCAUAGCGAUCCUAGCGGAUCGCAUCGUUACCAUAAUCAAGUGGGCAAUGAAUAAGGAGCUGCAACCUUCUGAGAUUGCAGACGAGCCGCAGUAGAUGCUAUUUUCGCGGUGGCUGUGCGGCAGUGGAAUUUCCCCUCCCCAAAACCUGCGAGCCGAAGACGGAAACGGAGCAGCAGCUGGGGAAUGCAUCAAACAUUUACUGCCCCUCCACCAGUCGCUCUUUAAAACGUUUGAGUACCUCCGGGAUAUCGUGUUGCUCUCGACUCUCUGUACCCGAUAACCCCGAGAAGGAGCCAUCAGUGUUAAUUCGAUGUGCGUUCAAUCCUUGUAGCCAAAAUUUUAAGUAAAGGAAUAUAAUAU